CAGACGUUCACUUGAAUUAUGAAAAUCUUAGACGACAUCACACUGUGUGUACUAUUCCAACUGAUCUGCUACCUCAACGAUGUGCACUCAAGUUUCGAGGACUCCAUCCAGGAAAUGGACGACACCCUCGAGCUAGACGAUUCCGGGUCAGAACAGAAAGAACUUAAACAUUCUCAUCAUCACCACCACCUCCGACUUGGACAUCACCACAGGAAGGGGCAUUCACAUGAAGAUAACAAUGAGGAUUAUGAUGACUGCGACUGCUCCUGCAGUAAGUGUGACGCGCCCUCUGAAUGCUGUAAGAACGUGUGUAAGAGCUGCGCCAGCAACAUCUACCAGCAGCAAGCGAGUGCAUUGAGUGGACAGAGCCAGGCCAGCGUGGUGUUCGUGCCCUACCCAUACCCUUUAAUGGUGGCAAGUCCAAUGAUGAAGAGCAUGAACCACCACCCUACAAUGCUUGCACAUGCUCCCACCACACAAUCCACUACCACCACUGCUGCCCCAAUUACGACCACCGCUACCGCCGCAACCACCACUUCUAAUUCGACGACCUCGAAUACUACCGGCAGCCGUUCUGACUUUGAACCCUCAAAUGCACUGUAUCUUAAAUCACAGAACAACGAAAAUGUCCUAGAUUCGGUGCUUAAGAGUGUAGUAGACGAUUACACAAACAUAAUCGUUAAGACGCCGGAGAAGUCAAAGAGUGGCAACAACAAGUACAUGCUGACAUCACUGCGUCGCACAAAGCCCACAUGGAUGCCCAAGUUCGGGAUUGUCCCCAUCUCAGAUGAUAUGGCCGUGAAGCUAAUGUCACAACUCAGGGCUCGGUACCCCAUUCGCGCCCAGAAAAGGCCCAUGCAUGACCCAGUAAUGAAAGUGCUACCCUAA